CCACUCUCCGCCCCGGCCGCCAUUGCCUCGUGCCCGCGCCGGUCGGUUGGUGGCGCCUUUGUCCUACGGUGGGCAGGUGGGCUGAGGCGGAGGCGGCAGCGGCGGGCCUGAGGGGAAGGAGCGGCCGGGAGCCCGCCGCGCUGGUAGCGAUAUUAAUAAGGCAGCGGAAAGAAGAAAUAUGAAUACGGCUCCAUCAAGACCCAGCCCCACACGAAGAGAUCCAUAUGGCUUUGGAGACAGUCGAGAUACAAGACGUGAUCGAUCCCCAAUUCGAGGAAGUCCGAGGAGAGAGCCCAGAGAUGGCAGAAAUGGCCGGGAUGCCCGGGAUAGUAGAGACAUGCGAGACCCCCGAGAUUUGCGGGACCACAGAGAUAGCAGAGACAUUCGGGAUCACAGAGACAGCAGAAGUAUGCGUGAUGCUCGGGACAUGAGGGAUCUUAGAGACUUUCGUGACCUAAGAGACUCAAGGGAUUUUCGAGAUCACCGGGACCCCAUGUACGACAGAUACAGAGAGAUGAGAGACUCCCGAGAUCCCAUGUACAGGAGAGAAGGAUCUUACGACAGAUACCUGCGAAUGGAUGACUAUUGCAGGAGGAAGGAUGACCCUUACUUUGACCGCUACAGAGAUAGCUUUGAUGGACGAGGCCCUCCAGUCCCAGAAAGUCAGUCUCGUGCAAAAGAGCGUUUGAAACGUGAGGAACGGCGUAGAGAAGAGCUUUAUCGUCAGUAUUUUGAGGAAAUCCAGAGACGCUUUGAUGCCGAGAGGCCUGUGGAUUGUUCUGUGAUUGUGGUCAACAAGCAGACUAAAGAUUAUGCUGAAUCUGUGGGACGGAAGGUUCGAGACCUAGGCAUGGUAGUGGACUUGAUCUUCCUCAACACAGAAGUGUCACUGUCACAAGCUUUGGAGGAUGUUAGCAGAGGAGGGUCUCCUUUUGCUAUUGUCAUCACCCAGCAACACCAGAUUCACCGCUCCUGUACAGUCAACAUCAUGUUUGGAACCCCACAAGAGCAUCGCAACAUGCCCCAGGCAGACGCCAUGGUGCUGGUGGCCAGAAAUUAUGAGCGCUACAAGAAUGAGUGCCGGGAGAAGGAACGUGAGGAGAUUGCCAGACAGGCAGCCAAGAUGGCUGAUGAAGCCAUCCUCCAGGAAAGAGAGCGAGGAGGCCCUGAGGAAGGAGUACGCGGGGGGCACCCUCCAGCCAUCCAAAGCCUCAUCAACUUGCUGGCAGACAAUAGGUAUCUCACUGCCGAAGAGACUGACAAGAUCAUCAACUACCUGCGAGAGCGGAAGGAGCGGCUUAUGAGGAGCAGCACCGACUCUCUGCCUGGCCCGAUUUCCCGUCAACCACUCGGGGCGACUUCGGGUGCCUCGCUGAAGACACAGCCAAGCUCCCAACCGCUCCAGGGCGGCCAAGUGCUCCCCUCUGCUACACCCACUCCAGCUGCACCCCCCACCUCCCAACAAGAGCUUCAGGCCAAAAUCCUCAGCCUCUUCAAUAGUGGCACUGUUGCGGCCAAUAGCAGCUCUGUAUCCCCCUCGAUUGCUGCCGGAAACACCCAGAACCAGAAUUUUUCCACAGCAGCGAACAGCCAGCCUCAGCAAAGAUCACAGGCCUCUGGCAAUCAGCCUCCAAACAUUUUGGGACAGGCAGGAUCUGCUCGGAACAUGGGCCCCCGGCCUGGGGCUCCUUCCCAAGGGCUCUUUGGCCAGCCUUCCACUCGCCUGGCACCUGCCAGCAACUUGGCUAGCCAGAGGCCGGUGUCUUCCACAGGUAUCAACUUUGACAAUCCAAGUGUACAGAAGGCUCUGGACACACUGAUCCAGAGUGGCCCUGCUCUCUCCCACCUGGUUAGCCAGACCGCAGCACAGGUCGGGCGGCCCCAGGCCCCCAUGGGAUCGUACCAGAGGCAUUACUGAGGCUGAAUCUCAACUACUCCCGGUUCCCUUCGUCCCCUGGCCUCCCGCCUAUUGCGUUCUAACUAGAGUUGUUUGGAGGAUGUUCUUUGCGCCUGUCCAGGUCCACAUCGAAUGUCAUAAGUUUCUACCACCUGCUCUCUUCUGCCCAAGGCUGUGUUACUUAUUCCUUCUAGAGUCAGAGUUUUGUACUGCAUUUGGGGGUGUCCUUUUUUUUGUUGUUUUGUUUUUGUUUUGUUUGUUUUGGUAGAAAAUAUCUCUGGGGUCACAGGGAGUAUAGGUGUCUGGGCUCCGUCUCUAUAUCUCAUGGGUCUGUCUGGUCUCUCUGUCAGCUGGAUAUGGGGGCAGGGGAGGAGAAGGAGCCAAGCCCCAACUGGCUGAGUUUGGGAUGGCAUUUUCAUGUCAGGAGCCACUGCCCUUGUUUAUUGUGAACCUACCAAGAUUUCCCAGCCUCACACAGGCCCGCCAGAGCUCGAGCUCCUGCCCAGGGUUGCAGAGUAGCAGUCUGGACUUGGCAGGCACGGUGCCAUCAUGCCCCAUCCCACAUACGUGGGUCUGCUUGAGGGCUCAUAAACCAGCUCCUCUGGAGUUGUUAAGGAGUGGCCAUGGCAGCCACAGAGCAGACACAUUUCUGCCUGACCCAGUGUUACUGGUUUUAGGUUUUCUCUUUUUCUUUUUUGCUUUCAUUUUGUUGGAGGGUCUCCCAUGGACUGAACAACUCCAGUGACCAGCAGUUUAACACAAACUGUGAAUCUGGGCCCCAACCACUCUUACCCCCUAACUUUUCUGUCAGCCUCUCCCUGACCAGUAGUGGUUUCAUGGAAUCGUUUCUGAGAAGGCAACUCUCGACUCUGGCAGUGAACACCCAUUGUUUUCAGUGAUUGUUUUGAGCUUUUGGCUCAAAAAUGAGGCUCUUGUUGUUUUCUGAGCAGCAGGAGGUAGGGACCAUUUUGAUAUCAGACUUUUGGUAGUUGGACAUGUUCUGGAUAUAGGCGGCUGUUUGUAACUUUUGAGCCAGAGUGAUGUUACUAGAGGGAGGACUUCUGGCUGCUGCUCUAAAUGGAGCCAAAGGAAGCUGCCCUCUCCCUACGGAUGGUGCUCAUUAGAGCCUUGUGGAUCGGUCUCAAGGGGCCCGUGGCAGAGGGAGUGCAGUGACUUCAGCUGAGUCCCUGCCAGUAACUGAGUAAACAGUGGUUUCAGAAUCUCAAGGUCCCCAGAUGGCAGUGUUUUAUGUUCUGACCUGUUUGUGUUAUAUAGUGUUUUUUCCUCUUUGGAACUCUUGUGUUGUUAAUAAGAUGAGAUGAUUACUUUUUAAUUAAAAUGAAAAAGUGAAA